AUGUCGCCCACCAGGUCCGAGAUAAUAAACAGCCACCCGAUCGGGGACCGGCUAGAUACCUUUGAGGAUUUAUACGGCGUCUGCCAACCAAUAUUCGACUCCGGAGCUCCUAUCUCAGUAGAGGGAGACAUGAAAGACAACGCUAAGAACAGAGUGCUGGAUUUUCUUGUGGCUUUACCAACUAUUUCUACUUGCCGUAUAUUACGUUCUGCAAGGGGGUCCGGUGCACUUUACACAGAUAUCUUACGAAUUGCGGCCAACUUUGAAGUUAAGCCUCUCCUUCCUCUGUUAAAAGCAGUUCGUGACAAAGAACCCGAUGAAACUAUAUGGGAUAAGGUCUAUGAGGCCGUCACUGAGUCGACGCCCCUCCCCUGUCCGCUCUCUUUCCGGCAGACGCCCUGGAGCCGAAAUACAGGUAGCUCUAUCAACUCAAACGAAUACCGAACUGACACGGAUAACCUACUGAAGGAGGAGCUAGAUGACCUAUACAUUGAUAUACCAGGGUUCUACGACGUUUUCUUUAGAGAUACUGCAGAGCAGUUCUACGCCCAAGAGGUCUUUGAGAGAUGCAAAGAAGGAGACGACCCGCUAUACCGCGAGGGAGAUGGCUGGACGGGAUGGCCCGAGGACGCAAAGGAGAGGCCGGUGCUGACCUGGAUGUCGCGGAUUAUCGGCAGGAUCACACAGAUCUUUGAGGAACACACGUCCAGCGAAGUCCAGAGACGGCCCCUAGCGCAGCCUCACACGCCGCUAAAGGGGUCUACGGCCGACCGCAAGCUAGACGUUGGAUUCGUAGACAACCCGGAGGCCGAUGAGAAUUCUAGAUGCCACUGGUCCCAGAUACUUGUUCUAGGAGAGCUAAAGAACGACCAAAACUACGACAUCCAGUCUAGAGCAUGGCUCGACCUAGGGAGGUAUGUAAGAGAGGUACUAGCCGCACAGGACUCCCGCCUCUUUGUACCAGGCUUCACGCUCUGCGGGUCAUAUAUGAGGCUGUGGCACUUCGACCGUCUAGGAGGAGUCGCGUCAGAGAAAUUUAAUAUCCACGAGGAGGGCCUCCGGUUUAUAUCAGUAAUACUUGCGUAUCUACUGAUGAGUGAGGAGCAGCUAGGGUUUGACUCGACUAUUAUUACCGCCGAUGGCUUACGCUAUAUUGAGAUCCAGCGGGACGGCGGGAAGGAGCGUCUAGUUAUUGACGAGAUAAUCAGGCGUACGGCCUGUAUCUCUGGGCGGGCGACGACGUGCUGGAAGGUACACCGCGAAGGAGAUGAGUCUCAAGCGCCUCUCGUAGUCAAGAACUCAUGGCAGUACCCGGAGCGCGAUGAGAGGGGAAGCUACUUCGCGAGCUACGAGAGGGGUAGUUACGUUGCGCGGUACUACCACCAUGCAACAAGUCCCGGUGGGGAAUAUACGACGCAGUACUACAAGCCGGCCGGCUCUAGGCCUCCGCUAAGCAGGAGCGGAUCCCGUAAGGGGAAGAGUAGUCGCGUCGCUAGUCGGAAACGAUCUUCUACUUAUAUCGAGCCAUCACUACCUCCUAGCAAACGCUCGCAGUCCUACCCGCUAUCGCCUCCUAACCGUAUCUAUCGUCAGGUUAUUAUUCAGGACUACGGCAAGCCGAUCUAUAGGGCAAGCUCGAGGGUUGCACUACUUGCGGCUCUGGAAGGAUGCAUCGAAGGGUAUGAGUCCCUUUAUCGACUGGCUGGUAUGCUUCAGAGGGAUAUAUCCCCUAAUAACCUUAUAAUCAAUGAGGAUGCGGAUGCGGAAGAUAUAUCCUCCUGGAAGUCGUUUAUCAUCGAUCUAGACCUUGCUAUCAAAGAAGACCGGGAGGAUACUUCGGGGGCGCGAGGCAAGACCGGCACGCGGGCAUUUAUGGCAAUCGGAGUCCUUUUGGAUGAUGAACAACACUCCUUUAUGCACGAUCUUGAAUCAUUCUUCUGGGUCUUAUUCUGGAUAUGUAUCCACCACGAUAGCCCCGAGGACAGUCAGGUUGUUAAACGCUUCGAAAAGUGGAACUUUAUGGAUACAGAGGAGCUAGCUGAUAUGAAGAUUGGUAUAAUCGCUGAGGAAGAUAAAUUUCUAAAGACAACUACUAAAUACUUUACGGAAUACUAUCAGCCGCUUGUACCUUGGGUUAAUAGGCUACGGCGGGAGGUAUUUCCCAGUGGCGGAAGGUGGAAAACGCCUAACAAAAAUCUAUAUUCUAGUAUGAGGGAAAUUCUUCGAGAAGCCCAGAAGGAUCCUGAUGUUAUUGGGCUAAACUGA